AUGUAUUCGACAAGUCGGCACGUGGUCCUCGUCGCCGCGUCCGUCUCCCUCCUCCUGCUCAUCGCAAUAUUGCUGUCAACAGCCAUCGAAAUCCGCGGAACACCAGCACCAGUCAUACAGAUACCGCUCGCGCAGGCAGCCAGAAUAGGAGACGGCGACGACUUGGUCGCGGCAAAGGAGCUGCUAAACGGCACCAGCUUUGACCGCGGUGAUGUGUUCAACGGCACCAGCAUCGUAUCCGGAGUCACCCUCGCACCCACUCCCACCAUGACGGCAACCGAGGAAGGAAUAAUUGGCAUUACCGCUGAACCGCAGAAGAGCAAGGGCUGGGAUGCCGAAGGCGUCCUGGGACCCAAAAUCACGGCUACACCUACCCCGAAGCCAAAACCGCGCCCUCUUUCUCCCCCACAGCUGCCCAUUGUCGCUCUUACGUACUCGGGCGCGGGCGGUCCCAAACACUGUCGCGGCAGACUGCUAGCAAAAACACACUUCCCGCCGCCCCUCGAAACCUGGAAAAAUGGAACCUGUGUGAAUCUCCCGGCCGAAGCGCGCUGCGGCGUCUUCUUCUCCAACAAAGGCGACAACUGCGAGGCGCAGCUUUUUAACGUCGAAAACUGCUAUAAUACCUCGCGCUCCUACAUCAACACGGUCGUGUUUAUGCCUGAGGAACGGCCUGUUGGUGCGCUCUGGACGAGCAUGUGGGUGCGUUGCGGAGUCGAUGUGCCUGAGGCCAAGAUGCUGGAUCCGGGUAUUCUCGGUGGCGCGCUGAAGAAGCCU